AUGACAGUACCUAUUACACAGCUCCAGAAGAAAGUUGAGGAGCUCAAAGAAGAGGAAGAAAUAAAAGUGGAAAGCUAUAAAAAUGUUCUGAGAGACAAACAGCAGCUGGAGGGAGCUAAAAAUGAACCGCGUCUUCCGACUUCACUGCCGCCCCCAGGGCAGCAGCAGCAGCCGUCGCCGCUACCACGCCGACAGCCCGUCCAGUUGAUGCCUCCCGCGCAGCUUCAUCCGGGAGCGCCCCCGGUGGUCGCUCCGGCUCCUGCGGUCCCUCUUCAGUCGCCACCGCCUUCGGAGCUGAUGGACGUCGACCCAUCAGCCGGGCCGCCUUCCCAAGCGGUGGCUGUGCAGCCUGUCCUGCAGCCGCUUUCCUUGGGCACCCCCAAGGAGUCUGACACCGCAGCGCCUUGUCCGGCGCCCACUCAGCAGCCGUCGACGCAGCGUCAGGAGACGCUGCCUCUCUUCGUGGGUCCCGACGCCCCAAAAGAUGAUCAAGAGUUAACUGAUAAAGAAGAACAAGAGAAGUCUGAACUUCAGAGACUGCUAGGAGAGAAACUGUCACAAUUAAUUAAUUUUACAGAGAGAGAUCAGCAGGUAAUGAAAAAAGACAAGUUGAACCAAAAGUCUGGAAGUUAUAAUAAUGAAGGUGCUGGCCUGAAAGCAGAGGCUGAAGCAGCUGCAGAGAAGCAGGCAAGAAUGAAUGAAUUGCUGCAAGGUGAGAAAAAACAGUAUGAAGUAGCAAAAUCUGAGUUAGAAUUAUAUGUUCUUCCUGAAAGUACAGAAAAAGAGAAGUUCAAGCUUUUGAUUCAGAAUCUCAAGAAAAUGACUGAACGUCUCAUAAAAACAAAGGAGGAAAAACAACAAAUGCUGGAAAGAUUCCCUGUUGUGGAAAAGGAUUUAAUGCUGGCCAAAGAUGAAAAGAAACAACUGCCACAUGAAGAGGAAAUAUGUUCAAAACAACUGAAUGUUAUUCGAAUGAAAUUACAUGAAGCUCAUCAAACAAUGAGAAAAUCAGUUUCAAGUAAUAAAGUUGUCGAAUAUUUGACGAACUGCAAGUUGGAGAAUAAGUUACCAGGUUUCUUUGGAAGAUUGGGAGACCUUGGUGCCAUAGACGAGAUGUACGAUGUGGCAGUUUCAACAGCCUGUGGUUAUUUAAACCACAUGGUAGUUGGUACAGUGAAAACAGCACAGGAAAGCAUAGAGCUGUUGCGUGGUGGCCAUACUGUGAAAAAAGGUCUAAUGAGUCAAAAAGUACCUGAAGCUCCAGUUACUCAGAAAACUGUGGAGGACCUUGGAAAAAAGAUGCAAGAAUGCCAGAAAAAACUUGAAGAGUUUACUAGGAAAAUUCAUGAGAUUGACAAAAAAAUGUGUUUCCUUACACCAGAGAUAAAUAAUAUGAAAACCAAAACACAAAAGUUGGAAACUGAAAUUAUGACACUUCAGAGAGAACACCCAAAACUCGAGCAUGAAGUAAAGAAUCAGGAAAAGAGAGUGUUAAAAGUUACAGUUGAUCCAGCAAAAGUUGCAACUCUCACAUUGGUUAUGGGGAAAGCCAAAAAAGAUUAUGAUGAUGCAAUGCAAAAGGCCCAGGAAGUGAGUUCAGAGGUGAACUGCUUAAGUAAUGAAAUAGAGGAUAAGAUUAACAAUAGAGUUGGCUUAAUUAAGAAAAAUGUAGAAGAAAACAAAAAGAAACUAUCAAGCAAGUGCUAUGAAAUAACAAAAACAAAAGCUGAUAUUAAAAGAGCUGAAAGAUUUACAGAUGAAUUUGGUAUAGUUGCUCACCCACUCGUUCAGGGUGUCAUACCAAAAAUAGGACUACUGCAGCAACAGACAGAAAUUAAAGUAAACAUGCUUACCAGAUUUGGGAAUAUUAUGAAGAGUAACAAGAAAAUAGAAGAAAUUAACACAGAAAUAGUACACUUAGAAAAUGUGAUAAAUGUGUAUAAGAACCGGAAUAGUUACCUCCUGAACCUUGUAAAGGAUAUAAAUAUUGAGCUGAACAAAGUAACAAUUAACCACCAGUUGUUCAAGUUGACUGCUAUUGAAAUGAACAAAAAUGCCAUGAGUUUGUGUCAACAGUGGUGA